AUGCAGGCAGCAACCAACGCUUCUAGCACACAAAUUUUAACCCAAAAAAUAAAACUUGAAAAUGAAAUAAAACCCCACAUUUCGGUCAAAGAUAGAAUUACUAAAAUCUUGGAGCAGAAAGUACAUACCGUCUCCGUUUACCAUGAUAACUCUGCAAAUUCUAAACAGUCAGUUCUUAAAUACCCUUACUGUUCUAAUGGCUUUGCUGCUGCAAUAUUUCAUGCCUAUAAUCAUCAUCAACAUUUACGGUUGAGCCCUGAUGACAUUUGGCUUACAAUUUCUCAAGGUGUUAGUCGUCAUAUUAAUUAUAAUGCUGAGAAAUUUCGUAAAAUUUUUGUUCAACAUGAAGGAAAAGAAGAAGUUACUAUUUUUGCUGGUGAUAUAUUAUACAUAAAUACACAAGAAAAAACUCUUGAAGGUAAUUGGCCAGAAGCCGUAGAUAGACUUGUUAAAGAAACUGAUAAACGUGUGGAAAAAAUUGAUCUCGCACAACUAUUGGAAUGUAAUUUUUCAACGACAACUUCAAGCUCUUUGACUGCAAGUCGUAUCGUGUUAUUAGAUAUGGUUAAAGCCUACUUUGACUAUGGAAUCAUGCUCCUUUGUGGAAUUCCAAAAAUUACCCUUGAAGGUACACUCGAAGAUUGGACAAAGCUUCAAGAAAAAGUUAUUAAAUUAAGAAGCUUAAAUUUAGAAUUAGAUUUUUGGUUGGAUCGCCUUGAACCUGUGAUUUGGAAAUUAGUAGAUACUUAUCGUGGUAAUAUUGAUGAAGAGUUUUGGAGUAAAGUUAUUAGUAAAGAAGAGUAUGGCUCUGGAGGACAAGAAAAAAUUACAGGAUGGAUCUCGGCUUUCUUUCCUUAUGAUCGUAGUGGAAAAGCUUUACAUUCAGAUUCUUUAGACCUUGAUGAUAUUCCGGAUAGCAUAGUGGAAGUUCCAUUUGCUACUGAUGUUGGAUUUUCCUUGAAAUUUGUAGCUGGAUUUAUUGGAACUAACCAGGAAAUUAUUGAAGAUUUGGGUAAUGAAUCUGUUGUGUCUCCAGUGAUUGGAUGGGCUAUUAUCGAUAAUGUGAAGGAUUCCAAUGAUUCUUGA